AUGUCACCAUUACCAGAUAUUACUGAGAUUACAGGGCCUAUCAUAAAUGGCACUGAUAUUACACAAGUUGAACUCACAAUUAUGGAAACGAUUAUAUUUGGCUUCUUCGCCCCAUUAGGAAUUAUAUGUAUGAUUUUUAUCAUUACCUCGUGGAUUGCGAUACUCAUUAUCUCCAUUUAUGAAACAAUAAAUGAUUGGAGACGUGGUUCAUUGGAUGCAAGCGAGAGAAGACCAAUGUCGAAACCGACGAACAUAUAUCUCAAUUCAGUUAAUGAGAGUGCGAGAAACUCACUUUUGGAUGUCAAGAAAUGGUCGGAACACGCGAUCAAGGGAGUUGAAUUUUUCAGCAAGAAUGACUUGCCAAAUUACGGAACGAUAACGUGGAUGUCAAGAGAUGAGAUUGAUGCUCUUCAAAGAAGCAGAGCAGUAUCUAAAGAAAUGAUGGGGAUGUCCUUAGGAGAUGAUCAAGUAUAG